AUGAGAGAGGAGAGAGGCUACAACCUGGAGAAGAUUGCGGAUGAGGAGCGCGACGCGGCGCUGGGCAACGGCGGCCUGGGGCGCCUGGCCGCGUGCUUCCUGGACAGCAUGGCGACCCUCAACCUGCCGGCUUGGGGCUACGGCAUCCGCUACACAUACGGAAUGUUCCGGCAGACGUGGCCGCCGCCGGAAGGUUCGAUUGGAUCAGUGUUGGCCUCAGACCCUUGCGGCCGCGGCGGCGGCUGCGGCUGCGGGCGGCUGUCCCUGAGCACCCUGAUCAACGGCUUCCAGCACGAGCAGCCCGACUACUGGCUCACCUUUGGCAACCCCUGGGAGAUCGAGCGCCUCGUGGUCAAGUACCCUGUCCAGUUCUAUGGCCACGUGAGCACCCACCAGGAGGAGGGCCGCCAGGUCUUCAGGUGGAACGCGGGGGAGCAGGUGUCUGCCGUGGCCUACGACAACCCCAUCCCCGGCUUUGGCACCCGCAACUGCAUCAACCUGCGCCUGUGGGCCGCCAAGCCCAGCGCCGAGUUCGACCUGCAGGCCUUCAACACCGGCGACUACGUGCAGGCGCGUUGCGAUCCGCCGCCGUGGGGCUGUGCUGGGGUUCCCGUGGCGCGGCUUUCCUCGCAAUUCGUUCAGCCCGGGCGGGCGGCUGCCAUCCUGAGCAAGCAGCGCGCCGAGACUCUGUCCAGUGUGCUGUACCCCGACGACCGCACCUACGAGGGCAAGGAGCUGCGCCUCAAGCAGCAGCACUUCUUCGUGUCAGCCACCAUUCAGGACGUGGUGCGUCGCUACAAGGACUCCCACCCCGACAACUGGGACCUCUUCCCCCAGAAGGUUGCCUUCCAGCUCAACGACACCCACCCCACCAUCGCGGUGCCGGAGCUCAUGCGCGUGCUCAUGGACGACCACAAGCUGGGCUGGACCAAGUCCUGGGACAUCGCGGCAAAGGCCUUGGGCGUUCUGGCAGUUGUGGUUGGGGUGUUGCUGUGA